AUGCCACAAAAUAUUGGUAUUAUAAAAUUAUUAGCGGAAGGAAAAAAGAGGAAAGAAAGAAGAGAAACAAUAAUAAAAGCAAUUAAAUUAAAAAAAAUAUCCAGCACGGAAAAUCCCGAAAAAUUAUUUACUAUGGAAAAUUUCAAAAAAUAUCCUCUAUGGGAAAUUCAAAAAAAUAUUCACUUUGGAAAAAUUCCAGAAAAUAUUCGCGAUGAAUAUUUCCUGGAAUUUUCCCCGAAAACUCUUAACAUCGGUAGUUCUCGAAUUGUUAUUCGAGAAGGAUAUGCUUAUCUGGAUAUGCUUAUCCUGCAUAUCCGGAUCAUAUGUGAGCAUGUUUAG